AUGAGAGCCCCAGGCUGUUGUCUGGUGCCACUGUUGCUGUUGGCUGUCGCCUUGGCGGAAGGGGACAGCAAAGGGGGUAAAGACGGAGACCAUCCAGGCAAUUUUAUGGAGGACGAGCAAUGGCUGUCUUCCAUUUCUCAAUACAGCGGCAAGAUCAAACACUGGAACCGCUUCCGAGACGAGGUGGAGGAUGACUAUAUCAAGAGCUGGGAAGAUAAUCAGCCAGUUGAUGAAGCUUUGGACACAACCAAGGACCCCUGCCAGAAAGUGAAGUGUAGCCGGCACAAAGUUUGCAUUGCCCAGGGCUACCAGAGGGCUAUGUGUAUUAGCCGCAAAAAGUUAGAGCACAGAAUCAAGCAGCCUGCCCUGAAACACCAUGGAAACAAAGAAAGCUUUUGCAAACCAUGUCACAUGACCCAGCUCGCAUCUGUCUGCGGCUCUGAUGGACACACUUACAGCUCUGUGUGCAAACUGGAGCAGCAAGCCUGCCUGACCAGCAAGCAGCUGGCAGUGAAGUGUGAGGGCCAGUGCCCCUGCCCGACCGAGCAUGGCCCCACCUCAACCACAGAUGUCAAACAAGAGACUUGUACCGGGCAGGACUUAGCAGACCUGGGAGACCGUCUGCGGGACUGGUUCCAGCUCCUACGUGAGAACUCCAAGCAGAACAGUUCUGGAAACCCAGGGGCCAAUCCAGUGAAUGUGCUGGACAAGAGCCUGGUGGCCAGUUGCAAGGAUUCCAUUGGCUGGAUGUUUUCCAAGCUGGACACAAACAAUGACCUUUUCCUGGACCAGACAGAGCUCGCAGCUAUCAACCUAGACAAGUAUGAGAUUUGCAUCCGGCCCUUCUUCAACUCCUGUGACACCUAUAAGGACGGCCACGUCUCCACUGCCGAAUGGUGCUUCUGCUUCUGGAGAGAAAAGCCCCCCUGUCUCGUGGAGCUGGAAAGGAUCCAGAUCCAAGAAGCAGCAAAAAAGAAACCUGGUGUUUUCAUUCCAAGCUGUGAUGAAGAUGGAUACUACAGGAAGAUGCAGUGUGACCAGAGCAGUGGGGAGUGCUGGUGUGUUGACCAGCUUGGCAUGGAGCUGACAGGAACACGGAUACGUGGAAACCCGGACUGUGAUGACAUAGUUGGGUUCUCGGGGGAUUUUGGGAGUGGCGUUGGAUGGGAGGAUGAGGAAGAGAAAGAGACUGAGGAAGCUGGAGAAGAGGCUGAAGAAGAGGAGGGAGAGGCAGACGAUGGAGGCUACAUAUGGUAG